UCCGCAGCUGCGGGCCUAAUGACUCAGCAAACCAGUUUGCAGCCUGAGCACCUUGCUUAAUCAGUGAGGGCUAGGCCAGGGUGCUAGUUACCUGCAAAAAAAAAAAAAAAAAAAAAAACGACAACGCUACGGCACUUACGCCACCCCGACAUCAUUCCACGACCUGCAGAACUUCGCGAAGCCGGCAUCAAGUUCAAAUUUAUAGCGGCCGGCCCGGGCAUCGGGGUUGUUACGCAGCCGGGACACCACAUGGUCCUUAACAUGACUGCUUCGCUCGCUGUGGCUAUUAAUCUGCUCCCGCCUGGCAGCCCCCUCUUUCCGGACGAGAAAAUUGAAGUUUGCACAGAGGACGGGAUGUUUGCGCUCGUAAAAGAGUUUCCGUCACACUUUGAAACUGUACAGCACAGAUUGCUACCGCUCCAAGCAACACCGGAGACACACCGGGAAACACAGCCGGCUCAGCGGACGCAACGAUCUGCUACCCUGCGCGGUGCAAAGCAAAAACCACCGAGCCUGGCAAGGGAUACAGGCAGAGAGCAGAAGACGGGCUACAAGCAGCAAAGCGAGACCUCCGAACUACGGAGGUCAUCAAGAACCAAACGCACUGCCGCCCCAGAUGAACCACCAUCCGACGAGCCCGGUAGCCACCAUGGUACAGCAUCUACGAGAUGCAGACGCCAUCGCACGGGGGUUUCGUCAGAGCUUCGAGGGAUGGUGGACGACUUCCGGGGUUAGAAGUCAAGGAAGCUGAUAUAAUCCGCGCAGCGGUUGAAUACUGCAGAUGGCGCUACGGUCCCAGCAGUCAGCUGGCUACUAUAGCUUUGUAUCAUGGAUGGCGUGGAUUAAGGCUAACAAGCUUCUUAGCAUUGAUAAGGAAAAGGCGGGACGACAGCGCAACGAUGAAGCCACGCUCAAAACGACGUAUUCAGACGUCGGCAGUACCUUGAAAUACCCUUUCAAAAAUCGUCUUACGGAAGCAGGAAAAUUGGAAGCUUUUGGGCCAUUUAUGGCAAUGCUUCCCUUCCAUGGGCACCUGGGCGACGGUCUAACAGUUCGGCACUAUGAAAGGGUUGCGCAGGGUGAUAUGCAAAAGCUGAAGGAGCAGUUGUCGAUGGGCAUUGGAUUCACAGUUCGAAAAGGUGGUGGAUGAGUUUUGACAUCUUAUCGGGGACGAAAAGAAUAUCCAAGGAGAGCUUGGGAAGAUGUCGAAGAGACAAAUUUGGGACGAUUAUCCCUGAAGCGCCAAGCGGAGCUGUUCCAAGCCCGGAAGGAGGAGUAGCAGCUCGCCUAGAAUGUUUUGCCGAAGGCAUUGGGGCGGCUAGCGUAGAAUGACAUUUCAAGCCUUACGUCAGCCCAGGCUGACGUGCUGACUAAUUAUUGCCACUGGGGUGCGAGGACCAGAUCAAUUGGCUACUGGACUUAAGAUUCUAAGGUAGGGAGGAAAAGGAAAAGGAAAACGGCUCGCCGAAAGCCUGAGGUGCCGCCUUUGUCCUCCGCCUUUAUCUAAUCUAAAGUGGGUCCACCUGGGACAGCCGUGAUCGU